AUGCCAUCUAUUACUGCCAUCAUGAAAGCCCAAAUUAUUGAAAACUAUUGUGAAGAACCGGAUUUUAUUCUUCGGAAUGAUUUGACCCUUCCCGAACCGAAUGAAAAUGAAGUUUUGGUUAAAUUGAAAGCCUCUUCAGUGAAUCCUGUCGAUUACAAAUUACGAAAAGGAGCCAUGAAAAUGUUAUACAGUCUUGAAUUUCCAUGUGUUUUAGGAAAAGACGGGAGUGGCAUUGUUGAAAAGAUUGGGAAAAAUGUCACACGAUUUAAGGUUGGCGAUGAAGUGACAGGACGUUUGUCUGGCAAGAGAACAGGAACCUAUGCUGAAUAUACUUGUUUUGAACAAGACGAAAUUGUAUUGAAACCAAUCGAGUUAACUUUUCAACAAGCUUGUGCGUUUCCAUUGGUGGGAUGUACGGUUUUGGAAAUGUUUCGAAAACAUCCUUCUCUUGGACAAGUCAUUGAUCGAGAGGGGAAAUUGGCAUUCGAGUCUGGAAAAAUUUCAGAUCCUGUUCCAGAAAGUGAUGAAAACAAGAAGGAGAUUCGAAUGUUAAUUAUUGGAGCUUCAGGAGGAGUUGGCUCAAUGGCAGUCCUGAUUGCAAAAUCCUUCUUGCAACGUUAUUUCAACAUCAAAGUGUAUGCAGUGUGUUCUGAGAGAAAUGCUGAAUUUGUGAAAUCGUUGGGAGCAGAUGGAAUUAUUGAUUACUCAAAAACAUCCUCUAAAUAUGGCCAGAAUUUGAUCCAUGAGGACUCUUCAGAAUUACCAAGUAUUUGUCAACUUCUCAAAUCGACCUAUAAGGAUAUAAGUUAUGUGGAUUUUGUUUUCGAUUGUGUUGGAGGUUAUUAUUAUUACGAUGAUGUUUGUAGACAUUUGACAUGCAAAGAUGCCGAUCCAUUCACUGUGUACACAACCAUUUCUCCUCCAACAACGUAA